AUGGCAGGGCACGGCGCCAGCCUGCUCCUGCUCCUGGGUCUCAUGCCAGCUCUCCUCCUGGCUGUCAGGAUCAACAGCAAGGGCCGGGAAGUGCUGUACCUGGCCAAGGGUGACUCGGUGAAGCUGGGCUGCCCCUAUGUCCUCGAGCCUGAAGACAACGGUCCCCAGGGUGUGGGCAUCGAGUGGAUCCAGAUCACGCCCGAGCGGCCCGGACCGGAGAAUGUGUUCCUGUCCUACCACGAUCACCACGUCAACUACGGCAGUGGCUCAGGGCUGCAGGACCGGGUAGCCUUCGUGCAGAACGACCCCAGCCAGUACGACGCCUCCAUCCGCCUGGCCGACCUGCAGGUCUCCGACACUGGCACCUACCAGUGCCGGGUGAAGAAAAAUACCGUGGCCGUGCACGAGGUCAUCGUCACUGUGCAAGAGAAGCCAGCCACCCCGCAGUGCUGGACCGAGGGGGAGGUGAUAGAGGGGAGCAGCAUCCUGCUGCGGUGCUACAGCCGGGGAGGCACCUCCCCGCUUGCCUACCAGUGGGCCAAGCUGGCUGAUGGCUACGGCGGGGGACGCCUGCCCUCCGGCACCAUCCAAGGACGUGCUCCUGGCGACCUAUUAAUCCGUAGCCUGUCGGAGGUGCACGCUGGCAUCUACCAGUGCCGCGUCACCAACCGCGUGGGCUACUCUGUGUGCCAGCUCAACCUCAGUCUUGUGCCAAGAGGAAGGCAGGCGGGCAUCAUCGUGGGCUCUAUCCUGGGGUCCCUCCUGCUCCUCAGCCUGCUUGGGCUCCUCAUCUGGGCGCUGAUCUGCCGCUACCGCCGGAAGGAGUGCCAGCGAGCCUGCAGCGACUGCAGGAGCAGCACAGGUGGCACCAUGACCCGCACCUGCAAUGUCUGUGCCCACCACAGCUACUCACCCCACGGCAUCAGCUACAUGCAGUGCCAGCACAGCGACGGCGACGAGCGGGCAGCUGCCCUCAUGUGCAACGAGGGCAUCCGGCACCAGUACGAGGACGCCUUCAGGCCCCACCGCCUGCAGAACUGGAGCGUGCCCCGGACCGGCCGGCAGCGCCCCUUGCUGCGGGAGGGCUCCACGCUGAUCAUCGCGGAUGACCGGGGGCACCUGCUCCCCACUGUGCCCCGCUCCCAGGCCUCCCCAUGGGGCACAUUUGUGGGGACCUGGGACAUGCCGCCAAGGAUUCCCCCAGCCAGGCUGGACCUGACCUCCCGGUCGGCCACUGCUGCCGUGCAGCUCAUGGACAGGAUCCGCCAGCCCACUGCCCUGACCCACGCCUGCAAUGGCCUCUGGACGGAGAUCACCGGGAAGGUCUCCAUCAAAAGCCCAAUGAGGAGAGAUGUUCCCCAUAAAGCUGACGUUUUGCCAGCUGAUGAUGUGAGCAAGGAUUCUUCCUGA